AUGCACUUCCAAUCGCGCGUAUCCACAACCACAAUUUACGAACUUCUCUUCGCUGAUGACUGCGUCCUUCACACCACUUUGGAAGAGGGCAUGCAAAGAAGCAUGGACCUCUUCUCCACCGCCCGCGAGACCUUCGGUCUGGUCAUCAACACGGAGAAGACGGUGAUCAUGCAUCAACGCCACCCAACACAGCCCUUCCCCACAAUGCACUGAAGAUCAACGUGAACGAAACCCAACUGCAAGUGGUGGAGAACUUCCCGUAUCCGGGCAGUACCCUCUCCUGCAGCACCAAAAUCGACGACGAAGUGGCCCGUCAGACUUUUCAGACAUGUCAAGCCUUCGGCCGCCUUCAAAGCACAGUUUGGAAUCGCCACGCUCUCCAACUCAGCACAAAAAUGAAGAUGAGCAAGGCAGUCAUCCUCCCGAAGCUGUUGUAUGGAGCAGAGACUUGGACGGUGUACCUGAAGCAGACACGCCGACUCCACCACUUUCACUUCAGCUGUCUCCGACAGACAGGACGGACGGCCGCCUCCUCCUACCCAGACGACUCUUCUAUGGAGCGGUCGCAACGGAUUCACGCCGACAAGGAGAUCAAGUAUAUUCUAAAGACUUUCUUGAGGCAUCUUCAGAUCAAUCCGACCAACUGA